AUGAGGGAGUUCAAAGUGGUCGUUUUGGGCAGUGGCGGUGUCGGAAAAUCGGCGCUUACGGUCCAAUUCGUCAGUAGCACAUUCAUCGAAAAGUACGACCCCACAAUUGAGGAUUUCUACCGAAAAGAGAUUGAAGUGAGUGUGGCCUCGGGCAUUUCUCUCUGGAAUUCUAGUCCUCUCAGGUCGACGGCCAGCCAUCAGUACUCGAGAUUCUUGACACGGCCGGAACCGAACAGUUCUCAUCGAUGCGGGAUCUUUACAUCAAAAACGGACAGGGAUUCGUGGUGGUCUACUCGAUCACCAGCCAACAGACAUUUCACGAUAUUCGCAAUAUGAAAGAGCAGAUUGUCAGAGUGAAGGUGCGGUUGGAAAUGGAAAAAAAUGAGAAAUACACGGGAGAUUGUUAUUGUAGGGCUCGGAAAAUGUGCCGAUUCUGCUGGUGGGCAACAAGUGCGAUCUUUCGCAUCAACGACAAGUCAGAAGUGAAGAAGGACUCGCGCUGGGUGAGUUUUUAGGAAUAAAUACGAUAACUGUCCCACCAAGGGCAAAUAUUCAAAUAUAAGAAAUCUUUUUUCUGCAUGUUCUGACACGAAUUUCACACAGAAAAUGAGGCUUUUGAAUACGCUUUUCCAACGUUUUGCUUUUCGCUGAUUUUGUGGCCGUUCGCUCGGUUUUUGAAGGCACAGCAACAAACUGCUUCGACAAAAUACAAAAAAACGUAAAUUUGAAUGAAAUACUCGAUUAAAAGCGAACAGAAAUGCGAAAAAGUCCGAAUUUUCGAUGCAUUUCGUGACAAAUGCGAAUCGAGGUCGAAUUGAGCAGAAAAUGUUCUUUUCUCAAGUUUACUCAUCUGUCGACAGAAACAUUCGAAGAAAAAAGGAUAUAAAGUUCAAUCGAAUAAUUUUCAGCCGAAAGCUGGUCGUGUCCGUUCACCGAAUGCUCCGCGAAGAACAAUCAAAACGUGAACGUGACGUUUGCGGAAAUUGUGCGAGAAAUGAACUACGUGCAGAGUCGAUCGAGGCAGAGCAAAACGUGCUGCACACUCAUGUGA